AAAAAUUGAUAACAAACAAAAAGUACUAGAAGUAUAAAAAAAAUGUUGAUCUAGUGCCUAGUGUUAAAAAUAAUUUUAACAAUGGCGACUGUUUUGUUUGUGCAAAAAAAUGGUUAUACCAUUCGGUAAUGCAUAGAAUAAUUAAUAAAAUUAAUAUACCUAAUUAUUUAGGAUAGUCCAAAAAAUAAUAUUUAUUUAUAAUAGAUGGAUUGUUGAUAGUUCAUUAUUAAAUUGUGUGUAAGUGAAUGUAUAGGAUAAAAUAAAACAAAAUAAUGAAUGCAACGAGUUUAUAUGUAUCAACAUGUCGGCUUGUAUUGCAAGCCGACGCUGAUGAUUCAAAUUCAUGGACAGAUUUAUACAGACUAGUACCAUAUUUAAGGCAAAGUCUCAGCUGUACGGUAUGCUCCAAUCUUUUGAUUGAACCUCAUACACCAACGGAGACAAAUUGUCAACAUCAUGUGUGUAGAGGUUGCCGUGGUGGCCGUAAAAAAUUAAAACCAUCGUGUGGCUGGUGCAAGGAUUACGAUAAAUAUAUUGAAAAUGUACAACUACGAAUAUUAUUACAGUGUUACAAAAAGUUGUGUGAAUAUCUCACAAGUACUAAUAUUUACCGUAGUCUUAUCAUUACUGUGUCUUCAAAUGCUUCGAGCAAUAGUGCUGCUGUGGUUGGUGCCACCAGUCUUAUUGAACUCAUUCAAGAAGGAACAGGUUUUAAAGAUGAAUUUAAAAGCAAUGCUGGAUUAUCAAAAUCUGCUUACAGUAUAUUGCCUUGUGUUUACACUAGUACAACGUCAACACAAACACAAGCUAAUACGUUACAGCCAACCAUUGACCCGUUGGCAACAACUGUACCUGAAUCUCCAACAAUAAGAACUGUCUCAAAUGGAUCAUCAAUUUACUCUGUGAUGUAUGCAGGCUCGGGUAAUAAAAUAACAAUAAAACGCAAAGCUGCGACUUCUGUAGAAGACACUGAUCUCAACCAACAGGAUAUUGAUAAUCCGUCGAGAGGAACUGCAGGAGGGGUAAAAUGCAUUCCAUCUUCACAACUUUCAUAUGGAACUUGUUCUCCAAAAAAAUCGUCAAAGGGCAGCAAAUCAUCAACAAGCUUCAAAAAACCAAGAUCUAGCUCAACAAGAAGCAAAAGAAAAGGAUGUAGGUGUGGAAAUGCUACGGCAAUACCAGGAAAGUUAACGUGUUGUGGUCAAAGAUGUCCUUGUUAUGUUGAAAGUAAGCCGUGUAUUGAAUGUAGAUGUCGAGGAUGUAGAAACCCUCAUACUGCUGAUGGAUUGAAAAUCAGGCCACAUAUACCAGAGCUACACAAUUUACAGUUACAGCUCUCGAGUCCACUUGAUUGUGAUAGUUUAAGUUCUGAUACUCUUAGUUCAGUACAACAGUGUUUAUCAACAUCACCAACAACCAUUCAAGUACUAAAUGUUUAUUCAACACCAAGAUUAGACAUUGAUAAUGUACCACAAAACCUUCCUGCAGCUUUACUCGUUGGUGAAGAUGCGAUAGUUAGUACAGAAAGUGAAGCUGACGAUAGUGAUAUACAAAUUGACGUGUGACAACGUCAAUAAAGGCACUACUGAAGUGCAAAUUAAUAAAUUUUUUUUUUAUUGAUUUACUUUGAUAAAGUCAUUUUGUUUUACAGUUAAUUAUGAUUGCGGGAUUUGUAAAAAAUGUAAAACAGGUAGAUUGUUGAAGAGGAUGGUUAUAUAGUUUUAUAGUUGAAUUUAUCUAGUGGAUUUUUUGUAUAUACAAGUCAAUUGUAGGUACAUGUAAUUUUAUUGUAUUUUUUAUUUGAUAAAUAUUCAUUUUAAA